UUCCUCACGUCAUCACAACAAAGCCUCUUCAUGCAGUUGCCAUUCUUCGCUACGCUGUAUUUUGUCCUACAAAGAAGCAGCAUGUUCUGCAACUUGAAGAAGCAGCAAGAAGAUGUCUGGAAGAGGAAAAACCGGAGCCAAGGCCCGCGCUAAGGCUAAGACCCGCAGCUCCCGUGCCGGUCUCCAGUUCCCCGUGGGCCGUGUCCACCGUCUCCUCCGCAAGGGAAACUACGCCGAGAGAGUGGGUGCCGGAGCCCCGGUCUACCUUGCCGCCGUUCUCGAGUACCUAACUGCCGAGAUCUUGGAGCUGGCUGGCAACGCGGCUAGAGACAACAAGAAGACCCGCAUCAUCCCCCGGCACCUCCAGCUGGCCGUCCGCAACGACGAGGAACUCAACAAGCUGCUCGGCGGCGUGACCAUCGCUCAGGGCGGGGUCCUGCCUAACAUCCAGGCCGUGCUGCUGCCAAAGAAGACCGGUCAGUCCGCUCCGAGCUCCGGGAAAGCGGGAAAGAAGGCCUCCUCUCAGUCUCAAGAGUACUAGCCAGCUGGUUAAUGACUGCAAAACCAAAGGCCCUUUUAAGGGCCACCCAUCCACUCAUAAGAGCGACUUUUCCGUUUAACUACUGUCUUGCCUCGCACGAUUUGCCUUGUCUAUUUAAUAAAGACGAUUUUUUUCCAA